AUACAAUAUACAAUACAAUUCAAUAGAAUACAAUACAAUAUAGUUUUACAUUGUUUAUUUGCUUGAUAUUGAAUUCAAUGAAAGAAUAAACAAUAGUGAUCUUUAUAUGAUUCUUUUCUAUAUCGAAAAGUGUGAUUUAUAUGAUUGUUAUAUGUUAUAUUGUGAAAAUAAAAGAAUAAGCUUAUCUAUCUAUCUACAUCAACACUUGAGAGAGAAUGGCCUCCAACUAUGAUCGAUAUUCCAAUUGUACAUCUCCAACCUUAAAUAAAACAGACUAUACAUCACAUUCUAAUCGAUUAAAUUUAUAUGUAGAUAAUAAAACUGUUACUCCUUGGAUACGUGGAGAAGUUAUUCAUGAGGGAAUGAUACCCGUUGAUAAGGGUUAUGUACAAAAAAAUAUAUUUGGUCGACGUUACCAUGGAAAUAAUAACAUGAAAUUUUAUAAUUCUGGUAGUACUGGAACUGGUGGUGGUGGUGGUGGUGGUGGCGGUACUGGUGAUGGAGGUAGUGGUGGUGGUGGUAGUAGUAACGCUUACAAUUAUUAUGGUCGUAAACGUGGUCGAACAUACAAUCGACAAUAUUAUCAUGAAGGUCAACGUGCAUAUAAUAAUAAUAGAUCAAGAUAUCCAUUUACUUGUUCACCUACUGUAUAUCCACUUUCACGUAGUCAAUCUAGUUACAAUAUUGAUUACGAUAUAAAUAAUAAUAAUAAUAAUAAUAAUAAUAAUAAUAAUAAUCAUUAUAAUUACAAGAAUGAUGGAAGAGUUCAUCGUUAUUCCAAUUGUAGUUAUACAAUGAAUAAUGAACAAUUAACAGAUGAAUAUAUUGAUGAUUGUUUAUCUACAGAUAUUGAACAAUAUCAAUUAAAAUUAGAUAUGAAUGAUCCGUAUAUUCAUCAUAAUUGUAAAUCUAAACAUUUAACAACAACAAAUAAUAAUAAUGUGAACAAUGUUGAUGGUUGGACUAAAAUCAAAACAUUAUCACCAUCGUCCACAUUGUCGUCAUCAUCACCAUCAACAGAUUCUGAUUUUAUAUCCAAUGAUAUUAGUCAACCAUCAACAUCAUCAUCAUCGUCGCCGUCAGCAUCAUCAUCACCGUCGUCAACAUCAUCAUCAUCAUCAUCGUCAAAUCAUCAAAUAAUUAAUAGUCAUUUACAUAAUGAAUCUAAACAAUUACAACAUAAAUGUAAAAGUUCUUUAAAUUUAUCAACUUCAUGUAUAAUUGUAUAUGAUACAAAUAAUAAUGAAGAUUAUAUUGAUGUAAAUCAUCAUAUUCAUGAUAAUGUAGAAAAUCAAAGAGAAUCUAUCGAAUAUGAUACUAAUCAGAAAGAUUGUAAAUCUGGAAAUAUGAAUGACUAUCUUACGCUUGUUUGGGGUGAUCUACCUGAUACGUUGGAAAAUAGUUAGAUAUGAAGAUUGAAUUAUUCAAUGGUUGUGAGAUCUUCUUCAACAUUAUCUUCCUCUUUUUUCAAAUAAACAAUCAACAACAAAAAAAAGAAAAAUCCCACAUUAAUAUACAAUAGAGUUUUUGUAUUAUUGUCAAAAUACUUUUCUUCUUCAAUUGACUAGUUCAAAGAAUGUAUCCAUUCUCUGUAUUCAAUCAAACUUCAAUGAAACACAUAUAUAUCAUAAAAAAUAUAUACUAGUAGUUGACAUGGUAAUUUUUCGAAGUUUCGUUCAAUGAUACUUACAUCUGUUACUCUUCGUGAAGGAGUAUAGAUCGCCCAUCAGUACUCAACAUCAUCAUCUAACCAUAUCCUGGGCAAUCUUCUUCAAAUGAUACUUGGCACUUUGUAUUGAUUUAUAAAAGAAUUCAAAAACAAUAAUUCUAUUAUUAUUAUUAUUAUUAUACAAUGUACAACCUUUGAUACUUUUAUUUUUCGAAGAUUUUGCAUUUUUGUUUUUUACACAUAACUAUUGAUAUUUUCUUUCAUUAUUUAUUUAUAUUUCAGUUAUGCUUUCACUGUAUCAUUAUUAUUAUGAACAGUGAUUUCAUAUGUUAUUAACAAGGGUUUUUAUAUAUGAUGAAUUGUGUUGUAUAAUUACAUAACAAACUACUUAUAAACUACUUAUAUACUAUCUAAUAUAAGUUUAUAUGUAUAUCAUGUGUCUGUGAGAUCAAUUUUCAGUAUUUCACCCCCACCCCCUAUCUCUUCACUUUCAUUAAUGUAAUAAAUCGUUGAAGAGAUUUCGUCGAAUAAGUAUAAAUUUCUUCAAAUGUUUAUUGUUUGUUUUAUGUUCAUUAAAGUGUGCAAAAUAUUAACAUUAUCAUCAAUGUAAUCAUUACCUAAUAACUUAUGUGUUAAACUAAUACUAACUGAAGAAAGUUACCAAAUCCAAGUGCUUUUUUUCUAUAUGAAGAACAUUUAUUUUAGUUUUAUUUUUUAUUCAGAA